AUGGCACAGACAAACCAAAUCAUCAAGGCUGUUGAGCCGCUUCAUGUUGGACAAUUUAUGUUUGUACGCAUCACUACAAACCAGGGCAUCAUUGGAUAUGGCGAGGCUGGUAUCUGGGGGCACAUCACGACAGCAGAGACAGCAAUUCUUCGCUUUGCGGAAUACCUGAUGGGGAAACAGGCAUUCGAUAUUGAGCACCAUUGGAAUGUGAUGCACCGUUUCAGCUACUUCCAAGGACUGGCUAUCAAUGCUGCUAUAAGCGCGAUCGACAUCGCUCUCUGGGACAUCAAAGGCAAGGCUCUUGGUGUACCUAUAUACCAACUGCUGGGGGGUGCUUGCCGGACCAAGGCCCGUGUGUACGGCCAUAUCUACGAGACUACGAUCGAAAAGGUAUUGGAGGAAUGCAAACGGAAGAUGGCAUUAGGGUUCACGGCCUUCGGACACAUCAAUCCGUUUCUUGACGAAGGCACUGAUAAGCUCUAUUUCAAGACUCACAUACAGAAAAUGCAGGACGCCAAAGAAAAUGUGCGCAAGAUGCGCGCUGUUGUCGGCGACAAAGUCGACCUGCUCAUAGAGCUGCACCGCCGUUUGACCCCGGCUGAGGCAAUCACCUUCUGUAAUAGCAUCAAGGACACAUGUCCAAUGUUCGUCGAAGAUCCCAUUCGCCCGGAGAGUGCUGAUGCGAUGGCCCGCGUGGCUUCCAGAUUAUCAGUACCAAUUGCAACUGGGGAACGCUUCUGCACCAUCUACGAAUUCCAAGCUCUUCUGAGUCGGGAGGCGGUAGAAUACGCUAGAGUAGACGUUGCUGUCUGCGGAGGAAUUACUGGAGCAAAGAAGGUCGCCGCGUUAGCAGAAGCCUUCAAUGUGAAUAUCGUCCCACAUAAUCCCCUCUCCCCUAUAGGGCUGGCUGCUUGUUUGCAGGUGGCUGCGGCAAUCCCGAAUUUUGCCAUCCAGGAGUACGCCACCGGUUUCGAGGCUGGCGUUUUCGAGUCAACAUUAGAACAUCUUGGAAGCAAUAUAGUAGACCACUGUCCAGCCGUGGUCGAGGGGUUCGUAGAAAUUCCUCGGGGACCGGGUUUGGGGGUCAACUUGCUAGAUAAUGCGCAGACGAUUCGACCUCCUCUUGUACAGCCUAUCAGGAUGAGGGCACACAAAGAUGGGUUCAUCGUGGAUCAAUGA